AUGGAUUCACUGGAUCCACUGAUUCUCAAACAUCUGAAGACGAAAAAGAUCGAGGAACGAAUUGAGGAUUUGAAUAAUCUGAUUUGGAUUGCUGAUGAUAAUUUUGGAUAUCGGUUGGUGACGGUGAUUGAUGAGGGUUUGAGCGAUGUUUUGGUGGGAUUUCGAGAUGAACAGGGGUUUUUUGAGAAGGUUGGUUUUGGAAAAUUUCAAGUUCUAGUUUUCUUGACUUUCAAAAAAACUAUUCUAUUAGGAAUUUUUUUGUUUUAUUUUCUUGAAAUUAAUUAUUCAAUUGAAGUUCUCAAAUAACCUUAUCUAAAAAUUGUACCUAAAAAUAUUCAAAUUUAAAAUUUCAAAAUAAAUUUUAUGUGUGAAAUUUCUAAAAAAAAUGUUUUUAUUCAUUUUUUUUUUCAAAUUUGGAUCUCAUGAAACUUGAAGUUCAUUUCUCAAAAAACACCUGCAUUUUUGAAAAGUUAAUUCUAGGUUUCAAAAUAUUAUCUUAAAUUCAGCCAAAGAUUUCAAAACUAAGAAAAGUUCAGCCUGAAAACCUACAACCUGUUUCGAAAAUUUGAAAAUUCGAGAGCUUCUGGAGAUAAUUUCUGGAAUAAAUCCAAAUAUUUUGAAACUGGAAAAGUUCAGCCUGAAAAUCUGAAUUUUCAAAUUUUUUAAAUUUCAAAGAUCUUCCAAAAAUAGUUCUAAAAAACUCUGAAGCUUAAAUUCCACUCUUGAAUUCCUAGAUUUUCCGAGUUUCUGAAAUUAAUUAUCUGAUAUUUUAUAGAGUUCCAAUUUUCCUGCUAUCUCCAAUAAAUCUUGCAUCAAAAAUCCCAUUUCUAUGUCACCUUUAGUCGCGUUCCUGCAAAAAAACAAAAAACUCUGUUAUUUUUUUCCCCGUUCCUCAGGUCAUUCUAUCGCAUCUCAAAUUUCGUAAUUGUUGACUGACUGCGAGCCGUAAGAAACACACAAAAUGUGUAAAAAAAAUAUAUUUAUACUUUUACUUUUUCUACAUACAAAACCCAUUAUAAUCUGGUCAUUUAGAGGAAAUAAAACUAGAAAAUGACAGAAAAAAAAUAAAUUCACAUAUGUUUUGAGGUGAAAGAAACAUUUGAGAGGCAGGCAGCUGACUAAUUUUCAUGAUGUGGGGGUGGGACCAUUGAAAAUGGGGCCUGGUAACUAGACUCUAGGCAAGACUUCAGAACAACAAUCUGAACUUCAAGAUCUAGAAAUUCUCAAAAGUUUGGAUUUUUGUUACAGAAACGCGUGGAGAAACGAGAUUGCGAAGUGCCGAGUUUGAACAAUUAUUCGGAUGAUUUGUGCACAUUGACACAGCCAAAUGCAGCAACUGUGCUGAACUCGCUGACACUUCGCUACACACAACAUGUUAUACAUGUGAGCUUGAAUUUUUGGACCAGAAGAGAAAAAUCUGAAUAAUCUUCCAAGAAAAAUAAAAACUGCAAAUUUUCAGACAUACUGUGGUCUAUUUUGUGUGGUAAUAAACCCAUGGAAAAAUAUUCCGAUCUACACCGACGAGGUCAAAAAUGUAUAUCAAAAUGGUUGUGAUUUGCCACCUCAUGUCUAUUCGGUGGCACAAAAUGCGUUUCAUGGAAUUAUGAAAGGCGGAAGAAGUCAGAGUAUUUUAAUUACGUGAGUUCUCUUUCACGUGGCAAAUUUUUUCUCAAAGUGUCAUUUCUUCCAUUUUUCAGCGGCGAAAGUGGCGCCGGUAAAACUGAGAACACCAAAAAAAUCAUCGAUUUCAUCCUCGCUUCUUCUGGCUCGCAGAGUUCGAUUGGUGAAAAUGUGGUGACGUCUGGUAUCAUUUUGGAGGCGAUGGGAAAUGCGAGAACUAUGCAUAAUAGUAAUAGUUCGAGAUUCGGAAAGUUUAUACGGAUUGAGUUUGAUGAGAAUUGCAAGUUGAUUGGGGCCAAGAUUGAGUGCUGUGAGUUUCUGGGAGAUUUUUGAAGAGCUUCUUAUCAUAAGCUCAAAUUCGAAUAUGAGUUAUGACGUGGCAAAUGUUUGAUUUUCGAAGGCACUAGCUUCUGAUUUCAAAAUGUUCAAGGCGAGGUUACUAGAGAAAUAGGCUCUGAUCCUUGACAACUAGAAUUUCUAGGCUUGGAUGCUUGGCAUAGCAGCUCUCAAGGUGUGGCACCUUGCCGGAGUGAAUCACUAGGCGCUAACCCUUGACAACUAGCAUUUCUAGGCUAUUUGACUGAAAGGCUUUGAAGCAUUCUCCAACUUUUCAAACUUUGCCACGUCAUAUCUCAUGUUUAAAGUUGAGCUUAGAACUUUUUGAAAACAUCAUCUUGAUCAGAACGUCAAAGUCUACCAGCAAAAUAUUUCCAGACCUCUUGGAAAAAUCGCGAGUAGUAAAUCAAUGCGAAGGCGAUCGAAACUUCCACAUUUUCUAUCAAAUGUUGUCAAAUUAUUUCGACCAACCUCACAAGAGUUUCCUAAAGAUCUCGAAAAAAGCGGAACAAUAUAAAUAUUUGAAAAAUGUCGAGAAUGAUGCGAGUUUGAAUGAUUCGGAAGCGGCGAAACUGACUGAUGUGAGUUUUUUUUGAAGGAAAGAAAUCUGAGAUUCAAAAAAUUAAAUUCAGGAAGCAUUGUCGCGAAUCGGUUUCAAUUCUGAAGAGAAAAUCUGGAUAUUCCAAAUCCUCUCGGCGAUUUUGUGGAUUGGUGAUAUCAAAUUUGGCGAGAGAUCUGGACUUGAUUUAUCAUUUGUCGAAAGCAUGCAAGGUCAGGCAGGCAGGAACACUUGUUCACUCACUUCAUGAAAAUUUUUUUUGCUGUUUCACAAAAAAAACCCACAAAUUUUCUUUUUUGAUGGUGUCAUGUGUUCGUUUGUAAAAUGGAAUGGAAGAAAAAAUUACACUCAAAAAGCAAAAAAAAAAUUUUGGAAGGGAACGAAAAAAAAUAAUUUUUUUUCUAGAAAUUGACAAUGUCGCCGAGUUGCUGGAGAUGAAAAAUUCGCGAUUGGUGGAUGCUUUGACGCAACCGACGAUUAAAGUUCACGACAAGUUGAUCAGGAAGAAUCAGAAUUUGGCGAAAGUAAGAGGAUACUCUGAAAAGGAACUGAGCCUAGAGAAACUAAUUGUUGUCUAGGGGCCGCGUCUAGAGAUCCACUCAUGACAAGGAGCCGCGCCUUGAGAGCUACAAUGUCAAGUAGCCAAGCCUAGAAAUCCAACUUGACAAGGAACCGAGCCUAGAGAAACUAAUUGUUGUCUAGGGGCCGCGUCUAGAGAUCCACUCAUGACAAGGAGCCGCGCCUUGAGAGCUACAAUGUCAAGUAGCCAAGCCUAGAAAUCCAACUUGACAAGGAACCGAGCCUAGAGAAACUAAUUGUUGUCUAGGGGCCGCGUCUAGAAUUCAACUAUGACAAGCAGCCGCGCUUCAAUGCCAAACAAUCAAGCCUAGAAACUCGAGUUGUCAAGUAGCCGAGUCUUAAGAACCUAAUCCUCUAGGACACGCAUCUAGAGGUCCACUCUGGUAAGGAGUCGCCUCUUGAAUGCUUCUCUGUCAAGCAGUCACGCCUAGAAAGUUCAAUUGUCAAGGACCAGCGCUUAAAGAUCUUAGUUAUCAAGGAUCCGCACCUUGAAGGUUUCUAUGCCAAGUAACCAAGCCUAGAAAUCCAACUUGACAAGCAGUCGCGCCUGACAGCCCUAAUUGUGUAGAUCCCGCGUCUAGAGAUCCACUCUGACAAGCAGCCGCGCCUAGAGAACCAGGUUGUCAAGCAGUCACGCCAAGAAAGUUCAAUUGUCAAGGAUCAGCGCCUAGAGAGUCAUUUGAACAUUGAAAAAUCCAAUUUAUGGAAAAAAUUACAGUUUUGCGACUUCAUAACUAUUUUUGAACCAGACUUCUGAUUUUUUCAGACUUUGAGUUCGGCUUCAGCCAUGGCUAAAGUUUUGUAUGAGCGAUUAUUCGGAUGGGUUGUUCAGAAGUGUAAUGCAGCUUUUGCGAUUGAUGAUUUUGAAAGUGGUAAUUUCAAAUUUCCAUCUUCCAAAACACACCUAAUUUUCCAGCCUAUUCAAAUUCCCGCUUCAUCGCAGUGCUCGACAUCGCCGGCUUCGAAAUUAUUCAACAAAACUCAUUCGAACAAUUCUGCAUCAAUUACACCAAUGAAAAACUUCAACAAUUCUUCAAUCAUUUCAUGUUCGUCAAAGAGCAAAGUGAUUAUCUUGAAGAAGGCAUCAAAUGGACACAAGUCAAUUUUGCCAAUCAUCUUCAACCAACAAUUGAUUUGAUCGAGAAACCGAUGGGUGUUUUAUCAUUUUUGGAAGAAGAAUGUGUGGUGCCAAACGGUUCGGAGAAAUCAUUGCUUGAAAAACUCUGCGUGAAUCUUGCGAAUGAUCAGAGUUUCAGUAAAUCCAAGCAAACAUCAAGAUCAACAACGAUUCGACAUUUUGCAAUCAAACAUUAUGCAGGAGAAGUGCAUUAUAAUAUUGAUGGAUGGUUGGAUAAAAAUCGAGACAACGUUGAAAAUUCAGUUCUUGAAGUGAUGAGUCAAUCAACACAUCCAUUAUUGAAAAUACUGUUCCCACCAAUUCCUGUGAAUAAUUUGAAAACGAGGCGGGGAACUAUUACAAAUUCUACCGUCUCAUUUUUGUAUCGUGCGCAACUUCAGAAUUUGUUGGAGACUUUGAACACGUCUUCCGCGCAUUUUAUUCGAUGUGUUGUGCCGAAUUAUGAGAGAAUUCCGGGGAAGAUUGAUGCGCCUUUGGUGUUGGCGCAAUUGAGGUGAGGUCAUAAUUAACUUCUUAGUAAUUUUUAAACCUCGAGACUCCAAAAAUCGUGAUCUACGUGAAAAAUUAGUAUAGAAAUAUGUUCUUACAACUUUCCAGCGUAUUUUUAUCGAAGAAAAAUACUUUGAGAUGGCUCAGCUGGUUAGAGAUUUUUAAAAUUAUGGAGUGAAGAGUCGAGGGUUCGAUUCCGGGUCAGGGCGGGAUUUUUUAAUUUUCUAUUUUUCAGAUGCAACGGAGUUUUCGAAGGAAUUCGAAUUUGUCGCGAAGGAUAUCCAUCUCGCACAGCCCACGACGAAUUCGCUGAACGCUACAAACUUCUUCUCAAAAACAAAGAGCUCUCCAAAAAAUUGUCAGAAAAAGAGAUUUGCUGUCAAAUUUGCAUUGACGCGGAUAUUCGAAAAGAGCGAUACGCUGUUGGAAAAACCAAACUUUUCUGUAAAGUUGGAGUGAUUUCGGAACUUGAGAAGAAGAGAAAUGAAUAUAUUUCCUCGUUUAUUGUCAAGAUUCAGGCGCAUAUUCGGUAUUAUUGUGUACAGAAGGAUUUGGAGGAAAGAAGGUUGAAGGAGUGAGUUAAUAUGAGCAAUCAAACAUAAAUUUUGAAUUCUUUCAGUGAGGCGAUUCUAACGGUUCAAGAAAAUGUGCGAAAAUUCGCGGAACUUUCCCAGUGGCCUUGGUAUCGGAUUCAUCAAUUAUCAAGAGGUCUCAUUCCCAAAAAUCGGGAUAAACAAAGAAUUGAAGAGUUGGAGAAGGAAAAUCGAAGACUUGAAGAGGAAUUGGAUGAUUGGGAAGAGUCUUAUGAAAAUGUGCAGAAAGAGAAGGAGAAAUUGACGAUGUUACUGGAGAAUCAGAAGAUUGAGAUGACGAAAUCGGCAAGGAGGAUUGAAGAAGUUGAGAGAGAGGGAAGAGAGAAAUUGUUGGAGAAGGAAAGGGAAUUUAGGAAAACGAUGGAGGAGAUGGAACAAAAUGAGGAAAUUUUUAAUGUGUUGGAGAGGAAAUAUGAUGAACAACAUAAGAAGGUGAUGAAAAUGAAUGAUGUUUUGAGAGAUUAUGAGAGGAAGAUUGAACAAUUGAAUAUGGAGAAGAAUGAUUUGGAGGUGGAGAAUUCGAAAUUGAAAGAGUCGCAAAACCGGAACUCGAGUUUUUAUGAGAAUUUGGAGAGGGAGUUGAAUGAGAAGAAUUCGUUGAUUGAUGAAUUGCAAAAUCAGGCGCAGAAAUUGUUUGAUGAGACGAAUGAGCAAAAAUUGGGGAUUGCGAAAUUGGAGAGUAAUUUGGAGGAUGAGAAGGCGAGACAAGUCAGGCAGAAUAAUACGAUUGGGGAUUUGCAGAAACUUAUUACGGAGUUGAAUGUGAGUUGGGUGCCCGGAAAAUUGAAGCAAUUUUUGGGAAAAGCCUAUAUUUUGGGAUCACAUCUCGGCCAAAAUCGUGGUUUCCAAAGCAAAAAAUGGUACGCUAACUUUUUACAGUAUAAAAACUAUGAAUUUUUCAGCUUCUGAACUCUAAAACACUGAAAUUCAGAUUUUUUCAAAAAUUUUACUUUGGCCAGCCACGGAUUGGGCUGAAAAUCGGGAAUUGAGGCUUAUGAGAUAUCAGGAUGCUCCAAAUUUAAUUAUCGACCAAUUACUUUGCUACGUCAUAACUUUUUGGCCUCAGUAUUGUAGCCUAGACUUUUCUAAACAGAUUUCCAAAAAAAUUCGAGUUCAAGCUGGAUGAAAGUUAGGUUAUCCUAAAAAUUCCCAUAAAUAUUUGGGUUCAAAAAUAUUUCCAAAUUUUCUGACCCGUCCGAACAUUCAUCAUUUGUUUUCCUUCAGGAAAAAAUCGCUCGCCUUGACAAUGUCACGCUGAACGAAAAAAACGCGACGAGAAAAAUCGAGAGAGAAAGGGAUAAAUUGAACGAUGAACUCACGAAUGCGAAGGAUAUCAUUCAACGACAAGCCAAGAAAAUUGACGAAUUGGUAAGUGAUUGCAACAUUAAAUCCUCGUUAAACUCACAAUGUUUAUCUUGUUUUUUAGAAAGAUGAAUGUCGGAAGAGAGGAAAUGAAAUUAAACGACUCGAAAAGAAAUUGGAAGAUAAAGAUGCGAUGAUGGCUGAUUGUAUGAAAGAUUUGAAAGAUACACAUAAAGAAAGGGUCAAAGAGUUGGAGCAGAAAAUGGAGGAAGUUAAGAGGAAAAAUUCGAAACUUGAAAACGAGAAUUCUACGCAGAAAAAUCAGAUUGAAACAUUCCAAAGAGAAUCGAGUGUGGAUUCUGAUUAUGGAAGAUCGAGUUCAGAAAGACUUUCAACGAUCGGAAGACAAUAUUCGUUGACUUCAAUGGGAUCAUUUUCAUCGAUUCGAACUGUUGGAUUACGACGAAAAGAUUCGGAAUCGGAUAUGACGAGUUCGAUGUAUUCUUUGAGAGGAAGAAGGGAUUCGUGUUAUGAUAUGUCGCAGAGUAUUACUUCGAUGAGUGGGGUUGGAUUGCAGAGAUCGCCGAGUACCUCGCAGGUUAUGGAGAAGGAGAGGAGGAUUAUGGAAUUGGAGAAGUUUGUGGUUUUUUUGAGCACUAGAAGUCUAGUUUUUCUGAAUUUCUGUGGCCGAAAGCCUAUUUUUCAAGUAGCCGAGCCUUAACAACCUAAUUCUCUAGGACCUGCCUAUAGAGAUUCACUCUGGCAAGAAGCCACGCCUAGAAACUCAAGCUGUCAAGUAGCUGAGUCUAUAGAACUUAAUCGUAUAGGAACCGCAUCUAGAGGUCCACUCUGGUAAGGAGCCGCCUCUUGAAAGCUUUCAUGUCAAGUAGCCAAGUCUAGACACUUGAAUUGUCAAGUAGCUGAGCCUUAACAACCUAAUUUUCUAGGACCUGCCUAUAUAGAUCCAUUAUGUCAAGCAGCCGUGCCUUAGAAGCUUUUAUGUCAAGUAGCCAAGCCUAGAAACUCUCGCUGCCAAGUAGCCACGCCUAUGAAUUCUAGUUUUCAAGGGUUAGAGCCUAGAGAGUCUGUUUCUCAAGUAGCCUAAGCUCACGGCUAGCUCUCAAUUCGGACAAAACAUCAAUUCUAAAAUUCCAGAGAAAAAUCAGCGAUCAACACUGAUCUUCAACUUGUCAAGCGUGAACUAGAUGUGUAUAAAUCUCAACUAUCAGCGGUAGAAAAUGAAAAAGAAUCGCUCCAACAAACAGUUCGCAAACAAACAUCACAACUUCAAGAAACCACGCGACAAAUGAAUUCGGCACAAAAGAAUGCGGAUAAUCUUGCGCUUCGUCUCAAAAAAGCGCUGGCAGAUUGUGAAGAAUGGCAAAAGAAGCAUGAAACAAGUAUUGUUGAUAGCAAAAAUGAAAUACUCGCGGAAAGAAAACGAGCGAUGGAUCGAGCAGAAGCAUCGGAGAAGGAGACAGAGUUGAAACAAUCGAGAAUGGCGACGAUUGAACAUGCAAAAUUAGCGUUGAAUUCAGAAUUGUCGAGAACUGAAGCUGAAUUGGAUCGAUGUCGCGCGAUUAUUGCGCAACUCGAGGAAAAUAUACGAAGUCAAGAAACUUUGGGAAAUAGUUUCGAGAGUCAACAGAGGAAUUUGAAUUUUGAAAUUGAGAGUUUGCGAGAUGAAAAUUGCGCGCUCAAGGCGAAAAUUCGUCGACAAUACAAACAGAUCGAACUUCUCACGCGUAAGUCAUCCGCGAUGCGUGUGCGUCGCGGUCUCUCAAAAUCUGAAAUUUUCAGAACAAGACGAAACCAACGACGAAUUGAAUCACUUCGAACACAAGGUAUAUGGAUAACUGACAUUAGUUAGCAUAACUCAAUCAAUUUUUUCUGAUAACUUAUUAAUUAUAUUUUGCCCACCCAUAAAUAUAUCGGAUACAUUUUUUGAGUGUAAUGAUGAUUAAUAGCCAGGUUUAUCAUCAUAUAAAUAGGAUUUUCUAGGCUGAAGUUUCAGAGUUAGAAAUGAAACAGAUUUCGGAUGAGGAUGAACUUCGGAGAGUGGCAUUUGUUGGGAUUGUUGUCAGGUAGGAUCCCUAAUUUCCAAGUUAGCCUAACAUUAUUCAAUUUCAGCGCGGCGGCUGGAAUUAUGUGUAUAAUUCUGAUACCUGGUCUCUAUACUUAUCUUCAAUAUAUUCAAAGUUCGGUUGAAGCGGAUGUUGGAUUUUGUAUGGAUGGAGCGAAGAAUUUGCAGAAUCUUCAUUCGGUUUCGACUAGAGAAAAGCGGCAAUACGAUAUAACGGCUUACGGGCCAUCAAGUUCCCCUCAAGAAUCUUGUAGUUGUGGAAUUGGUCAAGCUGGACCACCCGGAAGACCGGGGAGAGAUGGUUUCGAUGGGAUUGAUGGGCAACCGGGUAGACCUGGUCAACCGGGCCCCGAUCUUUCUGGAUCGCGAUUCGAGGAGAUUGAUUUUAUGAUUGAUUGCCCGGCAGGCCCGCCUGGUCCUCCUGGAAGACCAGGAGAGGCAGGAUCACCGGGAAGAACUGGGCUUGAUGGAUUGCCGGGAAGAAAUGGGCGAUGCGGGAAAUCGGGGAGGCAAGGAGAGCGAGGAAAGCCAGGAGACAUUGGGAAACCUGGGCGAGAUGGGGAGGAUGGAUUGCCUGGAGUCACUCGAGAUAUACCUGCACCUCAAGGGCCACCGGGUGUUCGAGGAGAGCCGGGAUCCGUUGGUCCUAGAGGGCAAGCUGGCGAUGAUGGGCGGCCUGGGAAUGAUGGACCUAGAGGGCCUCCCGGAGACAAGGGGGUUACUGGGGAACCUGGGCAGAUUGGAGCCGAUGGACCGCCUGGAAAUGAUGGGCCUGCUGGAAGAGAGGGAGGCUGUUAUCAUUGUCCACCGCCGAGAACUGCGCCGGGAUAUUAG